GAGAGAGCGCAAGAGAGAGAGAGAUAGACAGGGCUGCAGACAGGAUCUUGGCACAGGCAGAGAGGCUUGUGGGCACUGUGUGGAUGUGUAUUAUAAUGGGCUCGUGGAGGCGAUGGUGGUUUCUGUCUCUCUCUCUUCUGAGCAGUGUCCUCCUGGUCCACAGCUAUGGGAGAGUGUUCAGACCCCCUGCGCACGCCAGCACGGUCUUCCUACGAUCGAGCGAGCCGAACGUGUUCUUCUUGGAGGAGAUGCUUCAGGGGAACCUGGAGAGGGAGUGUUAUGAGGAGUCCUGCAACUACGAGGAGGCCAGGGAGUACUUUGAAGACACACCCAAAACUGACACUUUCUGGAAUGUCUAUGUCGAUGGGGACCAGUGCAAACCCAAUCCCUGUCUCCAUGGCGGCAGCUGCAAGGACUGGCGUUGGAGUUGUAUAAAUCUCAGUGCCCCACCAAAGGGGCCCUUUUCCUGUGACCACUUCUGCAGUCCCAAGUUUGAAGCAUACCAGUGCUCCUGCACCACAGGGUACAAGAUUCACAGUGAUAAGAGGAGCUGCAUACCUGCAGUUAAGCACCCCUGUGGAAGACUCCAGCCAACAAACCAAAUAAACAUAGCCUAUCACGUCUGUCCACACAACCGCUGUCCAUGGCAAGUGGUGUUUGUGGAUGAGGCUGGUGCGGAGCUAUGUAGCGGGGUGAUCCUAGGGCCUCACGCAGUCCUGACAUCAGCUAGCUGCCUGUACAUGGGAAAGAAACUCCACAGCAUGCAGACAGGUGCCUCAAAUAAUAUGUGAGGAUCCCUCUAUCGACCCAACUGUACAUUCACAACCGCCACAAGAGGGGCAGUCUGGAGGACGACCUGGCCUUGGUGAGACUAAAUGAGCCCCUCCCCUUCGGCCCCUCUGUCUCCCACCUGUGCCUGCCCACUAAGGAUUUCUGUGAGAAUGUGUUGAGUCCAGGAAGGGAGGGGGUGGCCAGGGGUCCGGACAAACUCCGGGGGGAAUCCCACGGCCACCCUGUUCUCUCCUACCUGCAUGUGGAGGGCUGUCGAAACUAGGUGAACUUCUCCCAGCUGCUCAGUAAUAAGAUGUUCUGUAUGGGUCGCCAGAAGGGCUUCUGUCGGACUGAGUUGACUAGGUUUAAUGAGACAGACCUCAAACCAGGACUAACGAGGAACCGCAGCCUCUUGUCCGGGACCCCCGUUGUGACCGUUGUGACUGUACAGCGUUCCUCACAGGCCUGCUCCUUUCACCACCCACAUCACAUGACUGUGGACAAACCCUGGUGUUCACAAAGCUGUCUCGCUACUUGCACUGGAUCCAGCAGCACCUGGACAUGACAGAGGUGAGGAUGACACCACAAAUUACCCAAGAUCCACCUGGACCUUAUGGGGUAACCCCAACCUAGGGUUAGCCUGAUCCCUACCUGCACUGGACUUAAAGCCAACCGGGCUGCGUUCAAGAUUGAAGUUGUUUCUGCAAGGUUAACAAUGUAAAUGAGUGUAGUUAUAUUGUAACGUGUACUAUAAUUAUAUACAAUUAUUAAUCUCCCACACUUCCUUAAUAAACAAAAAUGUUGUACAAGGA